CCCCCCGGGGUACUACCACAGGCCGGGCAAUGCGGCGGGCAGCGCGGCGUGGCACAUCCACCUGCCGGGCGGCGGGUGGUGCACGUCCAUGGCGGGGUGCAUGCACCGCGCGCAGACGGACCAGGGCAGCACGCGCUCGCGCCCCACCGUCAUCGUGCGGGGCGGCAACGACAGGGACGAGGGCAGCGCGUCCCCGGCGCGGGGAAUAAACUCCCCCGACCCGAAAGUGAACCCGAUGUUCCACAACUGGCACCUCGUGCGCCCCAUCUACUGCGACGGCGGGGGCUUCGCGGGGCGCGCUGGCUGGCGGGCUGUGCGUGGCGGUGGUGGUGCAGGGAAAGGGACGGCGGGGGUGUACCUGGACGGGUGGAAGAUCAUACACGCCGUGCUCAACGACCUGAAGCAGAAUAGGGGCAUGGCUGGGGCAACCAGCAUUCUAUUGACGGGCAGCUCAGCGGGCGGGCAAGCAGUGAUAACGCUGUGCGACCGCUUGGCGCUCAUCUUCCCGUCCGCCACCGUCAAGUGCAUUCUCGACGCUGGCUUCUUCGUUGAUGCGGAGGACCGGUGGCAUGGGAAUACGAUGAGCACCAUGGUGCACAGCAUGGUGGCCCUGCAUGCCAUGCGACUCAACCUGCACUGCACACAAGCUUGCCUUGCUCAAUCUGGACUCACUUCCCUUGCCUGCUCCCUGUCUCCAUCUCUCCCUCUUCUCCUUCAUCUAGCAUACCCUCCGCAAGAGCAGUGGCGCUGUUUCUUCGCGCACCGCUCGCUGCGCUUUGUGUCGUCGCCGCUGCUGGUGGUGAACUCGCUGCUGGACUACCGUGCGCUCACCAUCGGCAACCAGCUGCGCCCCAGCGCCACGCUCGGCACUCAGUGCCUGCGCUCCCUGGUGAAGCAGGCCAACGGCGACAUCAAGACAAUGCUCUGGAGCAAGCAGUGGCGGCUGUGGGGAGCAGUAGGGAAAGAGGCGACUUGGCGGGACAAGGCUGCGGCAGGGAGUGAAUGCCAGCCAGCAGAGAGGAGGGCGGUGCUGAAUGCUGCAUGGAAGGUGCUGCGCAGCACAGAUGCUGCGAGGAGGAAGAAAGGGACGCAGAUAAGCAACUUCGUGACAGUGGCUGUGGCUCACUGCUCGCUCACGAGCCCCAAGUGGACUGCUGUUGCUGUGAAUGGAACAAACUUGAGGGAUGCAGUUACCAAAUGGUGGCUUGCCAAGGCGCACAAGGUUACACCAUCUACUGUCGGUGGUAACGCUCGCUUCAGGCAUGCUGGCAGUGCGAGGAAGUCCAACGAGAGCACACGAGGGUCAAGAGGAGCCAUGCAGAGGCAAGUGAAGUAUUCCUCGAAUACGUUGCAGCGGACUGGCUCACAAGGCCAAGCAGCAGAUAUGCACAAUUUUAGACAGAGUCGUGAAGAGGAGAAAGAGAGUGAUGCAACAGUGGCUGUUCGGUCAGGACACGCCACAGGUACACACCCUCCUGAAAGUGGCUUGGGAAGCGAUGACUCUCUUGGGGACUCUUUAUCCGACUGGUUCAACUCAUGA